AGAUAUUUUGACAGAUUCAGUAAAUGGAAAGCAUCCAUUGAAGAUGAAAUCAUUGAAGUGAUGUUCAACAAUAGUUUUGUAGUCUGUGGUUAAUAAUAAGUUUUUCGUGUUUGUUUGAUCUUAUUUGAUUGAUUUUCUGCAAGAGAACAGCUGCAGAAAUGGCUAUCUGCUAUACCAGGCUCUUGUGUCAACGCAACUUAGGUCUAACUAGUCUUCGGUGUUUGUACACCUCUAAUCCAAUUAGUGUUUCUGCCACCAAUUCAUUAUGUGCUACUACACGAGUUUGUGAAACGCAUGAUGAGAGAAACCUUCGUCUUAAGCGACCACUGUCUCCACAUUUAACUAUCUACCAACCACAGUUAACAUCGAUGCUAUCCAUUACUCAUCGUGCGACAGGAAUAGCUCUUUCAUCAUAUGCUAUUAUAUUUGGAUUCAGUGCUCUACUUUUACCUGGAGGAGUACCUUGUCUCAUAGAAUCCAUACAAGCUUUAUGUCUUCCUGGUCCUAUUCUCUUUGUUGGCAAAGCUUUAGUAGCAUUUCCUGCUACCUUCCACUACUUUAAUGGAAUCCGUCAUUUGAUCUGGGAUCUAGGAAAGUGUUUAACGAUCAAGGAAGUAUAUACCACUGGCUAUAUAGUCAUGGCACUAGGAGCAAUUACUGCUGUUGCAUUAGCUGCAUUGUAAGACAUCUGUGUAUAACAGAGUUACGUCACGCAUCGUUUAGGUUCAUAGUGCAGUUGGAGUAUUAAAUCCUUCUGAUAUACAUUAUACAAGUAUUGUUAUUAUAAAAUAAAUUUAUUUAUUGGACACGUGUUGCACAAAUACAUA